CGGCGGCGGAGGAGGAUGGCGCGCGCGGGGCCCGCACGUGGAGGCCGGCGCGGGGGCGCGGGCAGGGCCGGCUGCUGAGACGCGCUGCUGCCCCCCGCGCGGGCGCCGCGGCUUCAAUGGCGCCAUCGCCCAGGACCAGCAGCCGGCAAGAUGCGACCGCCCUGCCCAGCAUGUCCUCAACUUUUUGGGCAUUCAUGAUCCUGGCCAGCCUGCUCAUCGCCUACUGCAGUCAGCUGGCCGCAGGCACCUGUGAGAUCGUGACCCUGGACCGGGACAGCAGCCAGCCACGGAGGACGAUCGCCCGGCAGACAGCUCGCUGUGCGUGUAGAAAGGGGCAGAUCGCAGGCACCACGCGAGCUCGGCCCGCCUGCGUGGAUGCGCGCAUCAUCAGGACGAAGCAGUGGUGUGAGAUGCUGCCCUGCCUGGAGGGGGAAGGCUGUGACCUGCUGAUCAACCGGUCAGGCUGGACGUGCACGCAGCCCGGCGGGCGGAUAAAGACCACCACGGUCUCCUGACGAACGCAGCCCCUGCGGGGCCCCAGGAGUGGUCUCAGCUCCCUGGAGAGUCCACACCUCUGCCCUCGAGGACUUCGCCUGUUCCCCGCCAUCCAGCCACUGUUUCCCCGAGGCCCGUCACGGACAGCCUCCUCGCUCGGCGUUCUGAGCCCAAGUCCGUCAGGCCGAACCCAGGAGGCCGGGACGCAGACGCACAGGUGGCCCGGGCAUAAGCAAUACGGGGCCGCGGAGCCCGGCCGCGCCUCCCUGGCCGGCCACUCUCCUGGGAGCUGGAGGACGAGGACGGGGUCGAGGAGGAGCUGCGGCCCCGCCAGAUGAGCCGCGACGCAGUCCCGGGACUCUCAGGUGCAGACGCCGCCUCUUCGUGUGCCCCAGACUGUCUGAAUCGCUUUUAUUUUCUUAUACUUUCCGUAUACUCAAUAGACCAAAGAGCAAAAUCUAUUUUAACGUGGAUGCGCCCUCGCUGUCAGAGUCCGGGGCUGGACUGAGGGGCGGGGCGGGGCGAGGUGGCGGACAUGCCCGUGGCCCCGGAGCACGGCGGGCGGCCGAGGAGGAUGGCUGGAAGGACACCGCCGCUCGCCUGUGGGCACCGGCCGGGGCGUGGCCGGCGACGGCCCCCACGCGGACAGCACGGCCCCCGGGACACGGGCCGUUGGUGUCUCUGUGCUUAGACCGACUUUAUCGUACUAAACUCACUUUCUGUUUUAACCAGUUCACACGCCUCUUCUACAGCUCCAUUUUUGAUAGUUGGAUAAUCCAGUACUUGCCAAGAGCAUGUUGGGUCUCCCGUGACUGCUGUCUCCUCCGAUACGCCAUUUAGCUCCAGAAAGCAAAUUAAAGAGAACGGAAGUAACACUGUUUGAAAGAGAUCAUUAAAUGUAUUUUGCAAAGCCUAAAGUUAUAUAUUUAACAGUUUUUAUAUGUUGUAUAUUUGUAGAAAAUCCUAUUUAACACUUAACGUGGCAGCCCUGGCCUCCCCGAGCGUUGGGGCCCCUCCCGUGUGUCCCUGGAGACUGUGGGUGGCCGCGUGGGACCUCGGGGGCCAGGCGCAGAGGGCCAAGGCUCUGGGAGAGGCGGCCGCGCACCACGGCCCUGUGUCCUCUCGAGGCUCCCGGCCAGCACCGGGGAAGCUGGGUUUCCUUCCACUUCGGUUCAGGGUCAGUGGCUCCUGUCCCCCUUUCGGUCUGUGUACUGGUAAACGCUGCGUGUACGAGAUUUUGGUCAUGGCUCUUCCCAUGGGUUCCGCUGGCCCUUUCCUCUCCCUCCGGCCUCUCCUAGGCCUUGAGGCCGUGGGCAGUGAGGCCUCCCUCCUGUGGGGCGUUCCCCUCGUUCACAAGAGUUCCGUCUCCUUGCCAGGGGGCCAAGCAAGCAGGGUGGGCAAAGGUAUGGGGGGCGGGGGGACAGGGGGACAGGCAGGGUGCCCCUGCACGGGCCACGAGGAAGGGACCAGUGUUUCUCCUCCCUGGCGACUGUACGCCAAUGUCCUUUGUUUUCCUGAGUUCUGCUGAAGUAUACUACCUAUGAGUCCAAUUAACAUGACUAUUAUGCUAGUUCUUCAAUACUAAAAAGUAAAAACUAUAACUACAGUAUAUAGACGCCGUUCCAACCACCAUAGACUAAAGAUAGGAGAGGAAGUUCAUUGACAUAAGACCCGUCCCCACGUCCAUGAGCACCUAAUUCACAUUCAGUCACUGCACAUGUAGAGGUAUCGUAUCCUGGACAGAGAGCGAGGUGAGCCGUGGCUUUCAUCAGAGGAGGCGCCGGCCAGGGCGCUGCCCGGCCCCGCGGCCCGGGCUUGCCUUUGUCCCCACCGCCUCCUCCUGCCUGUUUCUUCUGAAAGUGAGUGUGGACACCUUCGAGGGCAGAGACCGGGAGAUUUAAGAUGUUACAGCAUAUUAUUUUUCUUUGUUUUACAGUAUUGAAUUUUGUGUUGAUUCAGCUAAAUUAUGAAAAUAAAGAAAAAAAUCCUUUGA